CACCUUCCAAAGUCAGCGGUUUUUUUUUUUUUUUUAAUUGCUUGCAACUUUUUCAUGGCAAACAGAACACAUGGACUGGACAACACAGUGCAUUUUUUUUAUAUCUUUUCGCGCCCAUGAUACACUAUCUUAAUCUUAUUUGCCAAAAAAAAAAGCUAGUCUGGACAGAAGAAUCAGCUGAUGCAUUGCCGAGGAAAAAAAGAUGCGAUGCUGCUUUUUGCGGGCCUGGAACCAAAUUACUAAAGUGCAAUCAUGAGCAACGUAUAAUGCAAACUGAGUAUGGGUUGAAUCAAGAAAGCUUGUGAAAAGAACGACCACAUUUAUUAUCUGCCAUAAAAUCGGU